AUGGGUGAGGUGGAGCCGAAACUUCCUGGGCAGAGCGGGACGGCCUCCUUUUUCAAGUCGCUCAGUUUUCUCAAACGUAAAGAGAAAGGCGUUGUGUUUGGAGCGCCAUUAACAGAGGAAGGAAUCGCACAAAUAUACCAGUUGAUUGAGUACCUGCAUAAGAAUCUGCGCACAGAAGGCUUAUUCCGAAUCCCUGGGAACAGCAACCGCCAGCAGAUCCUCAAAGACUGUCUCAACAGUGGAACGGAUCUGGAUGUGGAUUCCGGUGAAUUUCAUCCCAACGAUGUGGCCACAAUACUGAAGGUGUUCCUGGGAGAACUGCCCGAGCCUCUGCUGACACGCAGACAUUAUCUCGCUCAUUUAAAGAUUGCAGACCUCAUGCUUUUUGAUGACAAGGGGAACCGCACAGGGGCCCCGGAUAAAGAAAGACAGAUUGAGGCUCUGCAGCUCCUGUUCCUGCUCCUUCCAUCCCCCAACAGGAAUCUUCUCAAAUUGCUCUUGGAUCUCCUCUACCAAACGGCCAAGAAACAAGACCGUAACAAGAUGUCCGCCCACAACCUGGCGCUGAUGUUUGCUCCACACAUCAUAUGGCCUAAGAACGUCACAGCCAAUGAUCUGCAGGAGCAUAUAAUAAAGCUGACGAACGGAGUGACAUUUAUGAUCAAACAUUCUCAAAAGCUUUUUAAGGCUCCUCCAUACAUACGAGAAUAUGCACGCGUGUACGUCGGCGGGAGCAGGACUCCGUCCUCAAAGGAUGACCUGGAUUUGCCAUCCUCGCGGCCGGAGUUUCCGUUCUUGAAGAGUCAGAAGAGAAGCAGAUUGGCCACCUCGCCCUCGUCUUCGGCCUCCCAGCAGGAUCAGACGCAGCAGCGGACGGAGCAGGCGCUGCGGGAACUCUUCCAGCACGUCCACAACAUGCCGGACUCCACCAAGAAGAAGAAGCUCCUUCGCCAGGUAAGGUGGCUCGUGUCGGAUCCCCAUAUACCGAGUCACGUUGACUGCUAUUCUCAUGAUUUACGGGGAACAGUCUGA